AUGGGGAAGGGGGCGCCGGGGGCCAGGCGGCGGGGGCCGGGCCCGGGCGCGCUCUCCUGCCCUCCCUGGCGGUUCCCUGUGCCUGAAGACGCGGCGCCCGGAGCCCGCGAUCUGUCGCGAGGCGCAGAAGCUCCGCGGCCCACGUGCGACCGAGCCGCGUUUGUUUAUGGCGGACCCGCCUUCGGGCGGAGCACUGGGCCGCCGAGGCCCGGGGAGGGGGGGGGCGGGAGGGGGGAGGGACCGCGGCGGGGGCGGGGGCGGCGAAUCUCGCCUCCCGACCCCGCCGCGGCCCCGGAGUCACAGGCGCGCCUCCGCGCCGCUGUCUCCAGCGACUCUCCCAGGAGAGACCCGCGCGCUCCCGGGCUAGAGGAAGUCGCGGCCGGCGUGGAAGGCGGGUUUCCUGAGAGGUGUAUAUCCCAGAAUACACUCUGCCCUCCUGGGAGGAAAAGGCGACGCCUACGGCAGAGGGCCGUCCCGCAUCAGAGGUUCCAGGAGCGUCAAAGCCGGACUUCAGAUCUGAGCGGCGGCGGAGCCACGCUUGUGUGGUGUCCGCGCCCAUCUGGAGGCGGGUGGCGGGACCUCCUCGCCAGCGGCCCCCGCCCUGGGCCGAAGCCCGGCUUUGGCAGCAGCGGGUCACAAUCGGGGACAGGGGCGGCCGGAGGGGGCCCGAGCAUCAGGCUUCCUGGUCGCUACAGGUGACCAAGACCAACGCGGGCUCCUUCGCUUGAGUGAUCUGACGGAGGAGGCGAGUGUCCAGGUGGCUCAGAUCCUCCACCUGUUUAUCAUCAUGGAGGGCCAGCCUGCCUGGCCGAGGGGAAGGUGUGGCAUAGCUGCUGUCGGCCUGGCUGCCCAAUUCCAGCAACAAUCAAUUCCACAAGCAGAAGGGGCCAUUUUUCUUAGAAGUUUCUGGCACUCGGACUUAAUAAGAAUCGAUCAUUCAUCUACUCACCUAUGGCGCUGUCUGCUCAGACUAUGGCGACACGAGUCCAUGGAAUUUAUAGUCCUGAGGAGUCACGCCUGCCAGCAGUCCUCCAAAAUGGAAUAGUGGGCAGAAAGUAGGAGAGGGAGCAGGGAGACAGGGCAAAACACAGGUGAUUCCUGCCAACACACGCUCCCCUUCAGUGUUAGAACGUGGUCUUUUUUUUUUUAUUUAGAAUUACAAGGAAAGAUGAACUAUUUUCAAGUUGAUCAAACUCACUGAAGGAUAAAGCGCCAAAUUUGUCUGUCUGCAGAUGGAGAAAAAGAAGCUAUUUUUAUUCUAGCUUAGGAAAGGGAAAAAGGUUCGACUCUCCUGAGCUCGCUGCUCUUAUCAAUGGCGGCAGAAAGCUAAACAUUAGCCUUCUUGGUAAUGGGUUUUCGCAACUCAAACAUCAACGUGGGUCAGUUUCGAAGUCGGC